GCGGCCCCUCUGCCGCCCGCCAUCGAGCGGAUGCUCGGUGGGAGCUCUGCUGCCCAGCGGCCCGCGCCGCAGCCGCCGCGGCCGCCGAGCAGAUUGCUCGAGCCGCCGCCGCCGCCGGCACCGGCCGGCACCGGCGCGGGUGCGUCGAAAGCCGAGGGCUCAUGCAGCUUUGAGGCUGCGCUGGCGGACGAGAUGGGUGUUCGCUUGGACGCGGCCGAGGCGCACGAGCAGCUGCUCCAGGCGCAAGGCGGCGGCGAUACGCCUGCCGCCGCCGCCACACCCGCCGCCACGCCGGCCGCUUCCGCGACAGCGACGGCGGCGGCGGCGGCGGGCGGCGGCGCCGCAUCGGACGCGACGAGCUUACGAGGCAAGGCGCCGCUGCCGCCGCAGCCACCCUCGCCCGCCAUGUCCGCCGGGGCCGGCACCUCCUCCUCGGAAUGGCACCAGAUCUCCUCCCAGCUCGGAGCAGCGCUCGGCUGGGACGGCACUGCCAUGACCGCCGCAUCGUCGCUCGGGCUCGCGCCGCUCUCGCCGCCGAUGCGGUCGGCGCUCGGAGAGGCCGUGUCCGGCUGCGACUCGAUCGACUCUUCGCGCGGAGAGAUGCAGCAGGCCGUCCUUUCGGAGCUGAGCAACGCCGCGCUGGAGCUGCUCGCGCAGGAGCACGAGGCUGGCGUUCCGGCGGCAGCCGAGGAGUGGGCACCGCUGCCGCCGCUCCCUCCUCCCUUCCUGGGCGACAGCGCCAAGGAGCGGGGCGCGCCGGCGGGGACGGGCGUGCGCGAUGCGCUGACGGAGCUGGAUCGCAUCCGCCAGUCCAUCGAGCAACAGGCAGGCCAGCACCAGGCAGGCCAGCACCAGGCAGCCGCCGCCCCGCCGGUUGCUGCCACGGCCGGGGCCUCAAAGGCGGCUCUCGCUCCGCAGCAGUCGAGCUCGGCCGGCGGGGCGUCAUCGUCCAAGGCGGCGGCGGCGGCGCCCGCGAUGCCCUCGAUGCCCGCGAUGCCCGUGAUGCCCGCGGAGCCGCUGCACGCCGCCGCAGCCGCGGCCAUGGCGAGGAGCUCUGCGAUGGCCUGCGCAGCGCCCAGCGGCUGCGGCUGCAGCGCUUUGGCCGCCGCGCCCGUCCGCCACCGCCCUCGCCGCGCUGAGCGCCGCCGGGUCUGGCAACGGCACUCUGUCAGUGGCGGAGCGGCUUCUGCUGUGCGGCGCCCUCUCCGCGACGAACAAGGAGCGGGUGCACCGCGCAGCGCCGAAGGCUCCCUCGACCUGCCGCCGCUGCGGGCGGUCCGCGACGGCAUGCGCGACGAGGACCUCGACAUCGUCGGCGGCGACGGAAUCACCGGCGACUUCCUGGGCGACGCGGCGUCCGUCUCGCUCGCGGGUCCGGUGCCCCGGCCCGGCUCGAGCGUCGGGUCGGACAAGGAGGACGAGGGAGAGGCGGCGGAGGGCCGCCCGCCGACGGCCCGCAAGGGAGUCGCGCGUGUGUCGUCGUGGGCCCCACCCCGGCCGCGAGGCAAGAAGGUGUGUCCCUCUUGCACGACCAGCAACGACAUGCUCGCCCUCGCUUGCUCCUUCUGCUCGGCAAAGUUUUGCGUCAAGCAGACGGCGCAGCUGCGGACGCACGGCGGCGGAGGCGGGAGCGGCGGCGAGGUGUACGCCGAGCUGGAGCCGCAGGUGGACGCCGACAGCGAGGUUGCGGGUCCCAACGGCGACAUCUCGACGCGCGCUUUUGGGCAGCUGCCCCUCGAGUCGCAGAUCCUCGUGAUGCAGGAGAAGGCUGCGCAGCGGCUGCUCGCGCAGACCCUCGCGCGCCAGAUGGCGGAGGAGGUCUCCUCCAACCCGGAGCUGGCGGCGGACCCGCGCAGGCAGCUCGAGCUCAAGCAGCUCGCGCAGCAGCAGCUCCUCUACCAGAUGGCGCUCGCGUGCCACGCCGCAGCGCCGAACAUCGCCGCCGAGCGGUCCUUGCCGGCGGCGGGCGGCGCAGGGACGCCAUCGGAGCCGUUCGGUCUCUCCUCGGGCGUGCGCGGCGGCGACGGGCUCGGCGCGCCGGGCAGGUCGGCGGAGGGGCUGCGCCUCGCCGCCGUCGCCGCAGCGGAGGCGGAGCGCGACCUCCUCGGCAGCUCGGCGGCGCUGCUCGGCCAGAUGUCGGCGCUGCCGCGCGGGAGGGGCCAAGGCGGCGCGAGGGCGCCGGGUGGCUCGGGCGGCUCGGGCGGGCGCAAGGACCGGAAGCGGCGGCGCGCGCGGAGCGGCGGGGAGGAUUCGCGCCGCCGCCGCUCCGCGCCGGCCAGCGCGCCGUCGCGGGACAAGCGGCCCAAGCAGGGCGGCGGCGGCAGCAGCAAGGGCGGUAGCAGCAAGGGCGGCAGCAGCAAGGCUUCCGAGGCGGCGGGCGGCGGGGGAAGCGAUCCUGCGGCCGACGCCGCGGGCAGCGAGGCGGCGAGCAAGGCUGCGGCGGCGGAGAGCAAGGCGGCGCGGCUGGCGCGGCGCGAGCGGCAGAAGCGGUCGGCGGAGGAGGCGGACGGAGCGCACCUGCAGCUGGCCGCGCGGAUGCCAAACACGUCUGCCAAGCGGCUGCUCAAGCAGCUCGCCGACUUCAACCCGUCGGGGAACCAGGACUCGGCCGCCAACGUGCUGCUUCCCAACGAGAAGGAGUCGCGCCGCAGAGGGUCGAGCUGGAGCUUGCAGUUCUCUGCGUGCGGCACGACGGCAGACGAGGAGGGCCCGCCGCCCGAUGGGGCGUCGCUGCCGGGCGGGGCUGUGGCGAGCGAAGGAGGCGGGGCCCCUGGCGGGGGCUACCCGCCCGGCGAGGCACCGCCGCUCGCGGGCUCGGACACCGCGCGCGAUGCCACAGAGGCGCUCGCCGCCACCGCGCUGUCGUGCGGUUCGCACGCCCGCGCAAACUGCAACGGCAGCAGGAGCGGGAGCGAUGCCGACUCGGCGGCUCAGUCGGAAGCGUCCAGCGACGCGGACGGGUUGGAGGGGGAGGGAGAGGAGGCGGCCGAUGGCGCCGCCGCCGACGCGCCGCAAGUUUCGCCCGCUCCGCCGACGGAAGGCCUCUUCAGGAGGACUGUCUCGGUGGCGGCGGCGCUGACUCUGUCCGAGGGCCUGACCUCGGGCUUCUCCAACGGUGUCGCGGAUGCGGGCCACGGAGAGGCAGGCGGCGACGGCAGCGGGGGCGGCGCUGGUGAGGGGUCGGGCGGCGGCGCCGGCGUGGCCGGCGUCGACAUUCGCAGGACCGCAUCGGUGAACGCUGCGUUUGCGCUCUCCGAUAUGGUCGGUGCACCAACUUUCCCCGCCGGCGGCAGCACGCGAGCGACAUCCGGCGCGGCGACUACGUAGCUGGCGAGGCGGGGAAGGGGAAGGGGAGGGGAGGAGGCGCACAGAGACUGUAUGCAAGGCCAUAAGAGGCCGGGGCGGGGAGACGGGGGGGCGGUAUGCACUUGCCCGCUUGUCACGCGGUUCCAUGCCGCGGCAAACCCAAAAACAGCCUGUCGUGAGUUUUGUGUAUACACCGCGGCAGAUGCCACGACA